ACGGCACCGUUCGCUGAACCACUCACCCCCACUCUGUCCCCUCUGCAGCUGCGCCCAACCACCACAGUAAUUAAUCAGGAAUAUUUCCCCACAGAACCGUAAGAUAGUUCAAUGUAACUGAGGUUACUUGUUUGUCCCAGGCAGCUAUUUAUACAGAGUGGUGUUUCACUCUCUCUCUUUUUGUGCGUGAAAGUUCCCUUUUCUCCUCUCUCCAUAACCUGCACUGUCUCCGCCUCCCCCGCCGCAACACUGAAUGGGGCCUUUGUGGGGGCUUCCCAGCAUUCCAAGGGGAAUUCUUGCAGGUGAGGGUAUCUAUCCCACACUUAAAAGACUGCUGCUACAAGAGCAAGUAAGGGCAGUCCAGCGAUGAGCUUACUUUACCUUGAAGGACUUGCUGCAACAUUGAGGGUGUGAUCACAAGAGCAGACAGAGUGGGAGGGAAGGAUCCCAUUGUUUCUGUCCAGCUUCCCUCUCUUCGGUUGGUACUUGUAAAGCAAAACCGGCUGCAGCAGCAUGUUGCAGACAGUCAGUGAGUGGCUGUGGUGGGAGCGUCUGUGGCUGCCAGCAAACGUCUCCUGGUCUGAUCUGGAAGACAGUGAAGGUCGUGUCUACGCUAAAGCCUCUCAACUUCACGCUGCUCUGCCCUGCGCACUCUGCCUGCUCCUCGUCAGAUACCUGUUUGAGAGGUACCUGGCCACACCACUGGCUAAUGUUUGGGGAAUCAGGGACAGUGUACGUCUGACAGCAGAGCCAAACCCCAUCCUAGAAAGCUACUUCUGCAGCCAAGCAAGAGCUCCAUCGCAGGCUGAUGUGAGGUCUCUGUGUAAGAAGACCAGCUGGUCGGAAAGGAGAGUUCAAAUCUGGUUCAAGAGAAGGAGGAACCAGGAGCGUCCAGGGCUUUGCAAGAGGUUCUGCGAGGCCAGUUGGAGAUGUGUGUUUUAUUUUUUUGCAUUUGUCUGCGGAGUCCUCGCUCUCUAUGACAAACCUUGGCUUUAUAAUCUGAAGGAGGUUUGGGCAGGCUUCCCUAAACAGUCCAUGCUGCCGUCUCAGUACUUUUAUUACCUCUUGGAAAUGGGCUUCUACCUUUCUCUGCUCCUCAGCCUCACACUUGAUGUGAAACGGAAGGACUUUAAAGAGCAGGUGAUCCAUCACAUAGCCACACUGACUCUUCUGAGUUUCUCUUGGAUUUCAAACUACAUUCGUAUUGGAACCCUUGUGAUGGCAGUUCAUGACUCUGCUGACAUACUGCUAGAGGGUGCAAAGGUUUUCAACUAUGCCAAGUGGCACCAGACUGCUAAUGCCAUGUUUGUGGUGUUUACAGUUGUCUUUAUUCUGACAAGACUUAUCAUUUUUCCUUUCUGGCUGAUCCACUGUACAUGGGUGUACCCACUGGAGGAGGUUGCUCCUUUCUUUGGCUACUACUUCUCCAAUGUGAUGUUGUUGGUUCUUCAGAUACUCCACCUCUACUGGGCUGUUCUUAUAUCCCAAAUGGCUUACAAGUUUAUCUUUAGCAAGCUGGAAGGCGACGACAGGAGUGAGGAAGAGGAGGAUGACGACAGUGACUCACCGAAGGACAGACGCCACAAACUGAGUCACAUAAAUGGCUCUGGAGCCAGAGGCAGAGCCAAUGGUUACUGACACAGACAGACGGAGAUAAAAGAGGAAAAUGGACAGCAGGACUGAUUGCUCCUCGACUCAUUUAGUCUCCAUUUGCAGUAGUAUUUAAUUCAGCAGAAUGUCAUUUCCAAAGGAACUGUGAAAGAUUAUACAUACAUAAACUGAUUUCUGAAUGGUUUUGGAAUUCAGAACAUUUAACAACUUAUUCUACUUCUUAUUAAAUAGAGGAAGACUCCUUUCAUAUGUUUUUUUUCUUUCAUUUUUGUAUGUUGUUGGGGAUAGGUAUGACGAUAGUGGCAAUGAUGACAUGUUAAUCCCACAUGUUUGGGUAUGUGCUUGUUUGGCGGGGCACAUCGAUGCAAAGCACAACAGGAACUGUUUUUAAAACUGUGAUUUUC